UCAAUUAAGGUGCAUAAAAAUGGGUGCAAAUGCACAUUCAUUGGUGUAUACCAAUUUCAUGAAUCUCUUUUCCUUCUCUAUUUUAGGUUCAUCGAUCCUGAGCCGGAAUACCAGCGUAUGUUUAAUGAUGAACUGAUGGCUUUCCGUGAGAGGAUUCGCAACCGAGCUCGUGUCAAGUUGGCGGAAGCAAUGCAACAAUUGGAAGAGGAAGAGCGUCAAAAUCGCCUGGGUCCUGGAGGUCUCGAUCCACAGGAAGUGAUGAAUGAACUACCCAAGGUAAUUGGCGCUUUGAUUAUGCCUAUAGAAGUACAUUAUCAUUUGUAUCAAACCGAUGAUUUAAAGCUGAUAUUGAAAUUAAUUAGGAGGAAUAAUAUGUUAUCUGUUUUUCUCCAUUUUUUAUCCUUCAGUAGAAUUACGUUGAAAUAUAGAUCAGGACAUUAA